GUAAGACCAAGACCCAUUUUGGUCAACACUAACUGUAACUUAUAAAACAAAACAAAGAGAUGUUCAGUUUAGAUAGGGAAUUCCUAAUGCUAAAGAUGGCGAGCUAUAAACUGACCUACUUCAACGUGACAGCCCUUGGCGAGCCAAUCAGGUUCCUGCUCAGUUACCUAGGGCGAGAAUUCGAGGACUAUCGAUUGUCUCAGGACCAAUGGCCUUCGACCAAACCUAAAACACCGUUUGGAAAACUACCAGUAUUGGAGAUCGAUGGGAAAGCUCUCCAUCAAUCCACUUCUAUCGCACGAUAUUUGGGAAAAGAAGCUGAUCUAGCGGGCAGCGACAAUUGGGAGGCACUGCAGAUCGACAUGGCAGUGGACUCGCUCCACGAUUUUCGUUUAGCUCUUGUUGGUUACUUCUUCGAACAAGACAAGGCUGUUAAAGAAAAGAAACGUGGGCCACUUCUGAAAGACACCGUUCCUUUCUACUUGACCAAAUUCGAUGAACUUGUCAAGGAUAACGAUGGCUAUCUUGCUAAUGGAAAGCUGUCAUGGGGAGACCUCUAUUUCGUCGCCUGUUCCUCUCUUAUCAACCAUAUUAUCGAAUUCGACAUGUUUGAUAAAUAUGAAAACCUACGCACCCUGCGUGAUAAUGUACAUUCCAUACCCCAAAUCAAGGCAUGGGUAGAAACCAGACCCAAAACACCAUUUUAAAUGAAAUUAGAUAAUAAUUUUCUAAUCUUUAAGAGGUUGAAUUUAUGCAGAAAUUGUCAUUUAAUUAAUAAAUUGAUUAGGAUUAGAAAAACUAGCAAUUUUUAAAACUUAUUAGAAAUGUAAUAUACCAAAUAUAAUUGAUUUUUGAUCAGACUA